UUAAAGCAUAGAGGUUUAGAGCAAAGCUAUCCUCUAGUCUGGAUACUGAACUCCACCCUCGAUGAGGCGUGUUACCGAACCAGAUUCACAGGGAAGCCAAACAGAGGAUUUUAGAGAAGAGUUUAACAGAACAAGAGAAGAGAAAAGAUACAUCCAAAUUCUUUUCCGUCUUCAGGUUGCUCUAUUCUUCAUCAGAGAUAUUCAGCGUUAAAGAGGAUUAGAGGACACCAAGUGUGACUUGGCCUUGCUCUGAGCCAUGGACUGGAAGACUUUUCAAGCCCUGCUCAGUGGGGUGAAUAAAUACUCCACUGCUUUUGGCCGGAUCUGGCUCUCUGUGGUUUUUGUGUUCAGGGUGAUGGUUUACGUUGUAGCGGCUGAGAGAGUUUGGGGCGAUGAGCAGAAAGACUUUGACUGCAACACCAAGCAGCCUGGCUGCGCAAACGUCUGCUAUGACUACUUCUUCCCCAUUUCCCACAUCCGCCUGUGGGCCCUGCAGCUCAUCUUUGUCACCUGUCCAUCUCUGAUGGUGGUAAUGCACGUAAAGUACCGUGACGAGCGUGAGCGCAAGUACCGCAUGAAGCACGGCGAAAAGGCCAAGCUCUACGACAACACGGGGAAGAAACAUGGUGGACUGUGGUGGACGUACCUGAUCAGCCUUUUUGCCAAGACUGGCAUCGAGAUCACCUUCCUGUACAUCCUCCAUCACAUUUAUGACAGUUUCUACCUGCCACGGCUGGUGAAGUGUGAGGUCCAGCCGUGUCCCAACGUUGUGGACUGUUACAUCGGACGACCCACAGAGAAAAGAGUCUUCACCUACUUUAUGGUUGGAGCUUCAGCUCUUUGCAUAGUGCUCAGUGUCUGUGAGAUCAUCUACCUGAUCUCCAAGCGUGUCAUUCGAUGUGCCAACAAAUGUAAGAGGCACCAGAGAAGCAGCACACCGCUUAAUGGACGAUACCGAGACGAGGACAGCAACUGCACCAUUCCUUUGCAUGAAAUGGACAGCAAACCCGAGUCAAAACCAGACUUUAAGCCAGAGUAUAAACCUGGGUCUAAACAUCAGUUUAAAUCUGAACUCAAGCCAACAUUUAAGCCAGCCUACAGAUUGAGCGAAGACAUGAUAGCUUCUGCUCCAAACCUCUCAGUACCCAUGUACAAGAUGCAGUCUGAUAUGCUUUGAAAAAUACUUCUGUGCUUCCUUCUCCAUCAAGCAAUCGGAGUGAUCUGGGGGCAUAGAACAAGCUUUGAAUAUCUGGACAGUCUCGAAGACUUUCACUGCCCACCAAGACCUAUAAAACUGCCAGUCUUGGGUGUUUGCUAUUUGGCAGAUGGUUUGUGAAAGUCUAUAUGCCAGAUUUCAGAAACGUUUGACUUGGAAACAAGCAGGAAUGGGUUAAGACCUGGGAUGUUCCUUCAGGCUUUGACUCCAGCUCUAAGUACUGCAUAACUGCCAUGAUAAUAAGAAUUCAUGUGGACUGAAUGCAUUGCUCUGAUUCAUUCCUCUCAUUCAUUUCUUAAAAAGAACAAAGGUGAAAACCCAUGAAAAAGCUCAGGAGUUAUCAAAUAACCAGGAAUGCGUUCAUGGCAAACACACCUUGCAUACAAAACCCACUUCCACCUUCACACGCACACUAAAAGAGAGGAGGAAGAGUGGAGUUCAUUGAGUGUUACAAGACGUAAUGAAAAUGCCUCAUAGGCGUCAUUGUUUACCGUGUCUCAUUUCUCAGUGUCCUGGUAUUUGUUACAAAGAUCAGAACAAAGUUUUAAAGUUGAAGCUGUUCCAACUUUUUUCAUAGAGAUAAUAGUAGAUGUUUAUAUGCAAACACACCUGAACUCUAUCUGAACUCAAAUUUUUAUGCUGGAAAAAUGAGAGGUAUAUAAAAUAUAACACAGUGUCCAUAAGAUGGGCAAUCAGGGAAUGUCUUUAUUAUUUGUUGUUACUGUAGACUGUGGACGAACCUCAUCUGACUUACACUUGGCAAGCGUUUUUUAAGAAUCUGACUUUGUUCAGACUUGCUGUUAAGAUUGUGUUACCUAUUUGAACUGAUUUUUCAUAAUGCUGCACACCCUGCCUUUGUAUCAAACAUGAAUCAACGCACUGACAUAUUACCUUAAGAAUUUUAAUUUAGCAGUUUUUAGUAAAAUUAUUGAAAUUGAGUUUUUUUUUUUUUUUUUUUGUAUUAAUAUUUGACGAUGUUGUAAUCUGGGGGCUGUUUCAUAAAACAAGUUUUGCAAAUUAACCGAGCUUCUUUCAGAUAUUCUCAGUUGAUUUAGUUCAAAAUUUGUCAGACUAACUGAAAUAAGCUUGACUUAUUUGCUAAACUUAUUUUAUAAAACAGACACCAGAAAGCUUUUAAAGUUUAUUAAUUUUGAUACUGUAUAAAUAAAUACAAAAAUAGCCAAUUUGUCACAUUUUAAACAUUAUUUUGAUUUGGAAAAGCAAUAGCUAGUUCAUUUUAUCAUGAACAAAUUUAAAUAAAAGAGGAAACAGAUUUAAGGAAGUGUAUAUAAACAACGUCAAUUAACUGAGACCAUGGAACAAGAUCAUUAAUCACCAACCUUUGUCAGAACUUUAUGCAAUACUAAUCAAUUUACAUUAAAUCUUUGCAAAACCAUUCGAAUGUUUGGGAUCACCAAGAUUUUUAAAACUUUUAUUGAGCAAGGACGCUUUAAAUUAAAGACUCACAUUAAUACAAAAAUAAUUUUAAUAGAUGUUUUUGAGCAAAAAAUGUGAAAAAACAACACUAAACUGUUGAACUUAUGCGUUUCUUGAGCACCAAAUCAGCAUAUCAGAAUGAUUUCUGAAGGAUCAUGUGCUACUGAUUGCCUUGGUGAGCAUCUUUCACAAUCAAUAAAACUUACUGACCCCAAA